AGCUCUGACCCAGUUCCCUCUUAGGUUCCCACUUUUCUGAUAUUAUCUGGAGGGCAAUAGGACCUGGGGAGGUUCAACCCUGCGGCCAAGGGAGACACACCUGCCUAACCGCGUGGGUUGAACGAGUGUGGGAGCGAGCCACUUUAGCUGGCUGUGGAGGGAGGGGUAGAAGUGGGUGCCUGCUGCUGCUCCCGGAGAAAAGGAAAGCUGUGGCUCCCUCCUGGAUCCAGAGGUCAUGGUGAGAGAUGUUGCGGAAGACUGGCUCAGGCUCCUUUUUGUUGCGCCUAGCUACCUGGAGCAUCCCUUGGCCAUUCGUCUUGGAACUCUGGCUCAUUUUGUUUUGCCUCAGCUGUCUCUCUCACUCGCCCGGCCCACGCCACCACCACCCUGCCCAAGACAUCCAGGUGCCAUAGGUCCCAAAGCCCAGGACCCGCCGCACUUCUCAAACUGUGCCUUCUUUAGCAAAGUGACUCUGUGAAGAAACCGCUCCAGCCUCUUCUAUUCAGUACUGCGCGCUCCGCUUCUUCCUGGAGAGACCUGGCUUGGGGACGGUGGUGGCAUUACUCCGGCCCCCAGCCAGGCGGUCUGGGGGCGGGGCUUGGAGAACCUUCCUGAGAACCCUAGCCUCUCUGCAGGUCCUGAGAACUCGCUGGUGCGCAAACUCCAGCAGACAGACGCGCUAAUAGGCACAACCUAGCAGCAGGUUGGAUGGAUACCUAGUUGCUGAACUGAAUCCUCCAGACUGUACCCCUUCUUCUGCCUUGGUUCAGUUCUCUGCUGAUUUGAGAGGCCACACUGAUGAGAAUUCCCCAAGAGAAGCUACUGGCUGUGUGAUGCGCCACCCCAGAGUGGAUACUCCCCUGCCUGGGGUACUGUGAAAGGAGCCUCGGUGGAAACAGCUGUUCCUUGACUUUCCACACUCCUGGAAUUGGAUCCCAGCCUCAGUGCUGGAGGGCUUGUCCUAGCUUCUUAGCAUCUAUGUUGAUGAUCGCAUUCCAGGGCCACUCAAAAGUGAAGUUCAAAGAGAUACUUCUGGAUUCGCGAUUUCAGACUCUCAAGUUAAGCUUGGAAGAGAGGUGGCUCCUGUUCUGACUUGUUGGGCUUCGUUCAGGAACUUGACUUGCCACUGUCCACCUGACGGAUUCUUGGACAGCAGUGGCCACGGGGGCUCUGUUGGGGAUGGAUGGGGAAGAGCUCUGAACUCCAGACCCAACGAGAUCCUCCACGAUGGACAGAGUUUAUGAGAUUCCCGAGGAGCCAAAUGUGGUUCCGGUUUCAUCCCUGGGAGAAGAUGUCAUCCGUGGACCUAACCCACGCUUUACCUUUCCGUUUAGUAUCCUCUUCUCUACCUUUUUGUACUGUGGGGAGGCUGCGUCCGCCUUGUAUAUGGUUAGGGUUUAUCGAAAGAAUAACGAAACCUUCUGGAUGACAUACACCUUUUCCUUCUUUAUGUUUUCAUCCAUCAUGGUUCAGUUGACCCUCAUUUUUGUCCACAGAGACCUGGCCAAAGAUAGACCACUCUCAUUAUUUAUGCAUCUAAUCCUCUUGGGACCUGUUAUCAGAUGUUUGGAGGCCAUGAUUAAGUACCUUACACUGUGGAAGAAAGAGGGGCAAGAGGAGCCCUAUGUCAGCCUCACCAGAAAGAAGAUGCUAAUAGAUGGCCAGGAGGUGCUGAUAGAAUGGGAGGUGGGCCACUCCAUCCGGACCCUGGCUAUGCACCGUAAUGCCUACAAACGUAUGUCACAGAUUCAAGCAUUCCUGGGCUCAGUCCCCCAGCUGACCUAUCAGCUUUAUGUGACUCUGAUCUCUUCAGAGGUCCCCCUGGGUAGAGCUGUCCUAAUGGUUUUCUCCCUGAUAUCUGUCACCUAUGGCGCCACCCUCUGCAAUAUGUUGGCUAUCCAGAUCAAGUACGAUGACUACAAGAUUCGACUUGGGCCCCUGGAAGUGCUUUGUAUCACCAUCUGGAGGACAUUGGAGAUCACUUCCCGCCUCGUGAUUCUGGUGCUCUUCUCCGCCACCUUGAAGUUGAAGGCUGUGCCCUUCUUAGUGCUCAACUUCUUGAUCAUCCUCUUUGAGCCCUGGGUUCAGUUUUGGAGGAGUGGCGCCCAAAUGCCAAACAAUAUUGAGAAGAAUUUCAGCCGAGUUGGCACUCUGGUGGUACUGAUUUCUGUCACCAUCCUCUACGCUGGCAUCAACUUCUCUUGCUGGUCAGCCAUGCAGUUGAAGUUGGCAGACAGAGACCUUGUUGACAAAGGUCAGAACUGGGGACAUAUGGGACUGCACUAUAGUGUGAGGUUGGUAGAAAAUGUGAUCAUGGUCUUGGUUUUUAAGUUCCUUGGAGCCAAAGUGUUACUGAAUUACUGCCAUUCCUUGAUUGCGGUGCAGCUUAUCAUUGCUUAUGUGAUUUCCAUUGGAUUCAUGCUCCUUUUCUUCCAGUACUUGCACCCUUUGCGCUCACUCUUCACCCAUAACGUAGUAGACUACCUCCACUGUAUCUGCUGCCGCAGGCACCUCCAGGAGAGGGCUGAGAACUCAGAGCCGUCCGGUGAGGCUGAAACAAGACAGAGUAUUGUCUGAUUUUUUUUUCUUCUGAACAUUAUAGGGUGGGUUCAGGGUUGACAAGAGCAACUGUGAAAUUGAAGGAGACUUCUAUGUGUGUGUUCUUCCAGGUUUGUUUUCUUGACUCUUUUAGUAAACCUAUCGAAAGAAAGACUGACCUCCAAAUAGGUUUUCCUUUUUUUGUGAUUGACUGCUAUGUUUGGGUACCAGCACUAAUCACUGUUUAUUAGUUCAUCCUCCUCCUACCCAAGUCAGUUGGAAUAACUUCUGGGUACCUUACUCAGGCUCCACAUUCCCAGCUUUGCUCAUUUGUUUGAGUUUUCAUUGUUGUGUCUCCCUGGGCUGAUCUGAACUUGACCAGAACACAUCUGGACUGACCAGAGGAUAUGACAGCUUACUAGGGAUGAGCACCUCCCAGAAGACAGUCUGACCCUUGUGGUACCUUUACCUGUGAGAGUGGCUGGGAUAUUUCGAUUCUAAUGAGAGACUGUGGCUAAGAAGAAGGCCCCAUUAUGGAAGAAAGCUAUUCCCCAGAUAAGCUAACACUCUAUUAGGAUUUUACUUGUGGUCAUUCAGCAAAGACUUCUUUUUUUAGAAGCCUUCCUAGGCACCCCCUUAUAGAAGGGUAUGCAGAAUAGGAUUCUUUCAGGGAAUACAUCAGAAUGACAUAUUUUUUCCAAGGCAGAACCCAAAGUCACUCUGCAGCUAAGAACUAUGUAGUUUGAACUCCCGAUCUUUUUGCCUUUGCCUUCCGAGGGCUGGGAUUGCAGAUGCAUGGCGGUGCACCUGGUUUAUAUGGUGCGGAGGGCUGCAUCCAGGCCUAGGCAAGCACCACUUAGGUGGUGCUGAGCACUGGACCCAGGGUCAGAGAAGCACUCUAUCAACUGAGGCAUCCCUGCCCCCCCCCCAGGAUGACUCUUAAGGAACUACGUAGGCUUCCAGCUCCAUUGAGGGAAAUGUUUGAAUGAAAUUUCUCACCUGGUGCCCCAUUAUUAGGGAUUCCCUCCAAUCCAGCUUUUCUGUCUCUUUGCAUUUUGUUACUUGAUGGAAACAUCAGAGAAGCUGAACUGUAACUGAAAGUGCUUAUGCCCUGUGAAAGAAAUGAAGAUUUCUUUGUGUCUGCUACUGUCCUGAGUGCUUCAUUGAUUUUCACUUAGGGCGAUAAAGUCCUAAUGGCUAAGGCAGCACCUUCGUGCUGUUUUGCAUGAGGCUGGGUGACUCCUCAGCAAAGUAAAGGUGGAAGAGAGAAGCUGAUCACAUGAGAUUAUCAACACUGCUCUCUCCCUGCGGGGUUUUACUUGCUAAUGGGGAAUGUAGGUUGGUUUUUUUUUUUUCAAUCUUCUUGUCAUUAACAAACCCCAAUGGCCAAAUAGACAUGGAUCAUCAUGCUCGUGUCUCAUCCCUGCUGGAUCCUUUGGUGGGCUUGUCAGCUGGGUGCACAGAAGGUAACCAAACAAUUGGCAUUGUCCUGGCCACUGCCUGCCAGAAAACCAAUUAUCCCAACCUUAUCUGACCAAUUAUUCUUCCCCACAGACCAGGAACGUGAGAGGGCCUCUCAAAAGUACAUGCUAGCUGAGGAGCUGUUGGCAAUUGGUGGCUGCUUGGAGAGGGAGAGUGUUUUCUUCAUGGAUGCAGCCCCUGAGAGGCUUCUAGUGCUCCUGGAGACGCUCCUGCAGCCAGCACACACUGGAAACACUAAGUGGAUACAGUGGGUUCUAAGGGAAAAAGAGAAGGUACACAGAUUUGGAAGGGAAUAGUGGUGCGGGGGCGUAGGGGGAAAAUUGGAAUGAGGGAAUGAGGGAUGGGUUAGAUUGAUAAUUUACUUCUCAGAACAUUAAAGAUGAAUACAAAAUGGAAAACCACACGAGUUGUGGCUACCGUGUUUGGAGAACUUGUAAAGAAUCUGAUGCGCGGUCUUCUGCCACCAUCCAGUUUCACUCUUAGGUUGCGGGCACUCCCUCUUCUAGGUAGUGAGCUGUUAGUCAGAAGUAUCCUAUUUCCUCACAUGUCUGCUGUGGUUCUACCAACUUCAACUGCCUUGGGGAGCUGAAAAGAUGGGCUUUUAAUUGGGGAGAAGAACGUAAUGAUUCUGAGACAGCAGAUUUCCUUUUACAGCCUCGACUCCUUCAUACCAUUUUAUGAUGACAGAAACCCGGGUUGUCACGUGAGACUGGCGUGUGGACUUCUGACAACUACUCAGGGAGAAUGUGAAGGACAUUAUCACAUUCGAAAGGAACACUGCCUUUUCAGAUGCCAAGCAAGAAUUUCUGCCUGUGAUUGCUG